AUGUCUUCAAAUAAAAGCGACUUCUUUCGCGACUUGGAGGAGCUGGACCAGUUGAGUGACGAUACUCAAACCAACCCGGCCGACUUUUCAGCACUUCUGAAAACAAUCGGUCCUCCUGCGAGCUCGACAAAGGUUUCUAAGUUAAAGAGCUUUCCACCAACUUUUAGUCGGGCUUCAUCGGUACCUCAACUUCGGGCUUCAAAGUCAAGGGAUGACAAACCCCGUCCUAAGACGUCUGGUGACACAUUGAGUGAAAGCCAGAGCAAGAACAACGAUGAAAUGAAGCGGUCAAUUGAAUCUUCCAAUCUAGGCCCACGGAGAGGCCCCAAGAAACGCCGCACAGAGUCUUCGAGAGUCAUUCCCGAAUCAAAGCAGAUCUUCAAGGGGCUCACAUUCUUUUUCAUACCGAACAACGGCACCGCACCAGCUCGAAAACUGCGAAUACAGAGAUCACAAGAAUACGGGGCUCUUUGGGCACAGACUUGGUCGGCAGACGUUACCCACGUAAUUGUCGACAAGGAGCUUAACUUUGAAGAAAUUUGCAAAGUGCUUUCCUCUGAGCAACUUGCUGAUAAUCCAGCGAUUGUCAAUCAAGACUACCCUUCUGAUUGUCUUCAGUUCGGAAAACUUCUGAGUGUCACGCAGACUCGCUUUCGGGUAGAUGGUAUACCAGGCAAGGAGACCAAAGACGAUUCUCCUGUCACUUCGACAGCAAGACCACAAUCCUCGCCCAUCAAGAAUUCUCGGCGACGUAAUCAACGCUCACCCACACCUAGCCAAGGAGAGGACAGCUUGCCCUCCGCUAUACCCGCAGCCGAAUCACAAACUACCACUACCACUGCAGGUCUUGCAGAAUCAUAUUCCAGUCAUGAUGUUCUUGAUGCCAUUGUGCAAGAAGUCAAAUCGGUGAAUGAUCUGCCUCUUGAUGAACACGAUGAUGAGCGCAGAGUAUAUUCCAUGUUUCAACGCCACCCAGGAGCCGAAACCUCGGGCAACGAAGACAUUACUUCAAACGUGGACGUUCCAGAAUGGCAAAAGAAUUUCACUUGCAUGCAGAAGCACGAUGGGGUCGCCGCAAAGGGGAACCCAAACACGCGAACAAUCGAGAUACUGCAAAAAAUGGCAGACUACUACAGCAAAACGGCCGAUAACUGGCGCACCAUAGCCUAUCGUAAAGCAAUUGCUGCUUUGCGGAGACAACCCACCAGGAUCAGCACAAAGGCGCAGGCUCUCGCUAUUCCCGGCAUUGGAGAUCGCCUAGCGGAUAAAAUCGAGGAAAUUGUCUCUACCGACCGUUUACGACGGUUGGAAAAUACAGAUGUUACCCCUGAGGACAAAGCGUUGCAGUUGUUCCUGGGGGUCUACGGCGCAGGGUUUGCGCAAGCUUCCAAGUGGAUUGCCAAAGGGUACAGAUCUUUGGAAGAUCUCAAGACAAAAGCAGACUUGUCUACGAAUCAGCAAAUUGGAGUGGAUCACUAUUAUGACUUUCAGCAACGCAUCCCUCGUGAUGAAGUGUCCAUGCAUGGGAAGGCUGUGCGAGAUGCUGUCCUCGCAGUAGAUCCAAGCAUGGAAGUCAUGGUUGCAGGCUCUUAUCGACGCGGAGCGGCCGAUUGCGGAGAUAUUGACGUGUUGAUUACCAAAGCAAAAGGUACCAUUGAAUCGAUCAGAGCCCUGAUGCUCGACCAUGUGGUGCCAAGACUUGUCAAACAGGGAUUCUUGAAGACCAGCUUGGCGGUCACGUCGCGCGACGACGGAUCCAAGUGGCAUGGAGCUUCGGCUCUCCCGGACAAGGAUGUGUGGCGCCGGAUCGAUCUCCUCUUUGUGCCGGGCGAUGAAAUCGGAGCCGCCUUGCUAUACUUUACAGGGAACGAUAUAUUCAACCGGAGCAUGCGGCUGCUGGCCAGGAAGAAAGGCCUGUGCCUCAACCAGCGAGGGCUGUACAAAGACAUUCUCCGGGGGCCCGAUCAGGUAAAGACGACAAACGGCAGUCUGCUGGAAGGGCGCGACGAGAAGCGCAUAUUCGCGAUUCUGGGGGUGCCGUGGCGGCCGCCGGAGCAUCGUGUUUGCUAG